GCCUCGCUUUCACUCCAACAUGGCGGAUGUGAGAAGGGUGUAUGUGUAGCGGCGCAGUGUGUGAGUGCGGGGGACUCUCAUAUCCCCUCGUGACCCGGCCGCGCUUCCUCCUCUGCCUGUCAUGUGACCCGAGACGCCCGCCGCUGCUGCUGUUCUGAGAGCACCCUGACAGGGACCGGCCGCCAGCAGCUGCGCCUGCCCGGGGACACUGCAGCGGCUCAGAACAAUGUGUUAUUAUUUUUAACGCCUUGGUACACACAUCCAGAUGACGUCCGCUGUGGAACGUACAGAUGACCUGGUGAGAGAGUAUCUUACUUUCAGAGGAUUCACCAACACCCUGAAAUACUUCGAAGCUGAUGUUAAAGCAGAUAAAGACAAAGGGUUUCGUGUGGACAGGAUUGUUGAGCAGUUGCUGCAGUUUAUCCAGAGCUAUGACCUGAACGGGCUUCUGGAUUACUGGGGCUACCUGGAACGACGUCUCUUCAGCAGGUUGGAAGAUGUGUAUCGUCCAACAGUCAGGAAGCUGAAGACCAGCCUGUUCCGAUAUUACCUAGUCUGCACAAUACAAAGCAGCCGGACGGACAAGGCGCACGACUUCUUCCAGAAGCAAGCCCCGGAGCUGCAGAACCAGGCUGAAUGGAAGGAGUGGUUCGCUCUUCCCUUCCUGCCCGCCCCGGAUGCCAACCCGACCUUCUCCACGUAUUUCUCUCGCCAGUGGGCAGACACCUUUACCGUAUCUCUGCACAACUUCCUCAGCGUCCUCUUCCAGUGCAUGCCUGUCCCAACUAUCCUCAACUUCGACGCUGAAUGCCAGAGGAUUUUUCGCACGCAAGAAGAGAAUGAGUCCCUCAGACAGAAGCUCUUUGCUCUUCAGGCAGAGGCUCACCGGCUGAGGAAGGAGAGCGACGACCCGGUGGUCCAUCACAAGCUGCCUCACUAUGUCUGCAACAUGGACCGGCUGGGGGAUUCCGAGCUUAACAUGGUGUCCAAUCAGAGAAACCCCGGCUCAGCUGUCCAAUCCCAGAAGACCCCCAGGUUCCUCUCUUCUCUACUUCCCCAAAGCAAAAAAGUAGCCACAAAAACACCGCAAGCCACCGUGUCCUCCCCGACGCAGAGCGCUGCCGCCGGCCUUCCGCUCAAGAAGGAGCCGGGGAACAGUCAGGUGCAAAAAACAAGAGAGGUGCUGACUGUGACUAAGGAAGUGAAGAGCGCGCAGAGCAUCCUCAGCGUCCCCACCGUCAGUGAUGCCAGCGUGGGGCAACAGAGACAGCGCCGCCUACAGGAGAGAAAAGAACUAUUCUCCAAGUCGCAGCAAAGCACGGAGAAGAAGCCGGAGACCUCGGAAGCGGAGCCUGAGGCUCGCCCUGAAACGCAACACGAACAGGUGGAAGCGCUGAUGAAGAGCAGCGGGUUGGGAGGAGGGGAAAAACCAGAGCAGCCGUUUAUAGUUCUGAGUCAGGAAGAAUAUGGAGAACACCAUUCAUCUAUCAUGCACUGCAGGGUGGACUGUUCAGGUAGGCGGGUGGCCAGUCUGGAUGUCGACGGGGUUAUAAAAGUAUGGUCCAUUGAUGGAAUUAUGCAGACAAAGGCCUCUGCUAUAUCCAAGUCCGCGCUCCUGUCCCUUGAGUGGGCGACAAAGAGAGACAGACUGCUGUUACUGGGGAGUGAGGUUGGUACAGUCCGGCUCUAUGACACAGAAGCAAAGAAGAACUUGUGUGAGAUCGGAAUAGUGGACGACAUGCCUCGGAUUUUAUCUCUUGCCUGCAAUCCCAGCGGGACCUCCUUUGUCUGUUCAGCGGCUGCCCCGUGCUCCGUCAGCCACGUAGACUCGCCCAUCCCCGGCUUAGGGGAGAAUGGAAGCAACCAGGUGCCGGGAAGAUUACUACUCUGGGACACAAAAACAAUGAAGCAACAGCUCCAGUUCUCUCUAGAACCUAUGCCCAUCGCUGUAAACUGCACAUCUUUCAACCACAAUGGUAACCUGCUGGUGACCGGAGCUGCCGACGGGUUCAUCAGGCUGUUCGAUAUGCAGCAGCACCAGUGCGCCUUGAGCUGGAAGGCCCACAUAGGCGAGGUCUAUUCCGUGGACUUUAGCUAUGAUGAGAACGCGGUGUACAGCAUCGGAGAGGACGGGAAGUUUAUCCAGUGGGACAUUCACAAAAGCGGUCAGAAAGUAUCGGAGUAUUCUCUGCCGCCAGACGCCACCGGGCCCUUCAUGCUGUCCGGGUAUAGUGGCUACAAACAAGUGCAGUUCCCCCGCGGGCGGCUUUUCGCCUUCGACUCUGAAGGGAACUACAUGCUGACGUGUUCCAACAACGGAGGAGUCAUUUAUAAGCUGAGCAGCGACGGCAGUACGAUGGAAAGUUGCCUGUCUUUGGGCGGGCACCGGGCCCCCGUCGUCACUGUUGAUUGGAGCACGGCAGUGGAAUGCGGGACCUGUUUAACAGCAUCGAUGGAUGGAAAAAUCAGACUCACCACCCUUCUGGCCCAGAAGUCCUAACUAAGCAUCUCCUAUUGUUAUCUCCAGCGACAGAUUUUCUGGAUUUGAUGACCUAGGAUACCAUAGACUCCUUAUCAGCGGAAAUACGUUUAGUAUCUCUCUACGCACAUUGGAUGUUUGUGUAAAGUUCCUCCAGUGACUUGGAGGAGAAGUCUGGGCCGCUGCACAUUCCAGCAAGGGCCGGAAUUAAACAGUAUUAAUGUUGAUAAAAUAUCGCAUGUAGUUUCCCUCUGCGGGGUACAGAAUACUGGUUCACACAGUGUCUUAUUUAUAUUAAAAAAAUAUAUACCCAGA